AGAAAGAAAGCACUGGAACUGAUCCAUUCGAUGGCAACGAAGAGCUCAUCAUCGCCUUCUUCAACACGAGCUUGCCUUUGCUCUCCAACCAAACACCCUGGCUCUUUCAGGUGCAGCCUCCAUAGGAGUUUGGGCAAAGUUUCAAGCAAAUCGGCGACGCCCCAUGUUAACAGACAAAGAGAGGAGUCAAAGGCGGCUAUGAUGAUGAUGAUGACAGCAUCACCUUCAUCAUCAUCAUCAUCAAAAACAAGCCUGAUCAAGGCCUUUCUGAUGCAGAUAAUCAAGCCUUCAAGCCACGAUAUUCAAAGGCGAAGAAACUUCCAUCCAAAACCCACCAGGUUUUGUCCACUCAACAGCUCUAAUAAUGGGGUGGCAGUUUCUUGACAAUCUUUUACCUCUUAAAUUCAGAAUCUUUAGUUCAUUGUGUAUAUAAGAGAUCUUGCAACUUGAAACCCACAUGGGUUAUCCAGGGAACUAGUGAAUUUCAUUUUUUUUCUCUCUUGUUUUAUGGUUUUUAGUUUUUACUUGCUCUUUUCAAUUAUUUAUUAUUAUUUCUUUAUUUGUUGGGUUAUUUAAAUUAGAAAUCUCUAACAAAUUAAUUUAGUUCUGGUGAUCAGUUUGAAAUAUAUGCGCUUUUGAACAUAGAUUUUAUAUAUACGGUAAAAAGUACAAUGCAUUAUCUCUUUAUGCUCUUCAAGAAGACGAGGCUACUAGAUUUGGCAAAAAUUAGUAACAUAGU